UUUUAUUUUGGUUAAUGAGGUGAAUGUUAGGGUUAGAUUUGGGUGUAGGCAUAGCUUUAAGAAUUAUUUCAAAGGAAGGUCCUCAGUAAGAUAGGAAGACGUGUGUGUGUGUGUGUGAGAGAGAGAGACAGAGAGAGAGAUGAUUUCCUCGCCAUAAGUAAACGGAAGCGCUUUUUGUCAGCAGCAUAAUAGCAAAAGCACUCCAGGAAGCGAUGACGGCGUUUCCUUCAUAAGGGAGGGGAAGAAGAGCACACACACACACACACACUGAUAGCCGACUGCCUCCCCUUCUGCACAGAGAGAUAAAGCGAUAGCGACAAACAUUCAGGAGACAGGAAGCGGAAAACAUGGAGAAACAGGCGUGUUCUGGCUCCGAGAAUCCCGCGAUACCGCCGGUUCCGAGGAAGCCGCGGGCUCUGGCAGUAAACAUCGCGCCUCGACAAGACAGCAGCGACUCGGUGGACAGCCCCACAGGCUCUCAUGUUGAAUGGUGUAAACAGCUGAUUGCUGCCACAAUCUCCAGCCAGAUCUCAAGCUCCGCUAUUCCUGAGAUUGUGAACCGUGACUGCAAGGUAUCCAAGAGGCCUAAUUUGAGGUCUCAGGACUCUAGAGAGGAACAUAGCUAUGAGGGUGACAGUGACACUGAGCUGCCUCCUCACGCUCUGCAGGCAUUUAAAGACAUGCAGAGGCCAGUUCCCAUGGAUGAGGUUCCACUAGUCCCUGGGGAGAGCAUUAAAAUAACUGCUAAAGAUGUGAUGUAUAUCUGUCCGUUCACUGGAGCCGUGACAGGCACGCUCACAAUCACCGACUACAAGCUUUACUUCAUGAGUCUUGAGAGGGAUCAUCCCUUUGUGCUGAAUGUGAAUUUGGGAGCGAUAAGCCGGUUGGAGACCAUCAGUGUUCAGAGUCAUGGGGAGAAUACGCAGGGAAUGGAGAUCGUCUGCAAGGACAUGAGGAGUCCUAGGUUUGCCUAUAAGAAGGAGGAACAGAGCAAACUGGAAAUUGUCGAGACACUUACCAAGUGCGCCUUCCCGCUGUUCAAUGAUCUGCCCCUGUUUGCUUUCCAAUACACGGAAAAGUAUCUUGUAGAGGGAUGGAAGGUUUAUGACCCAGUAUCAGAGUACAAGAGAAUGGGUCUGCCCAAUGAAAGUUGGACUAUCAGUAAGAUAAACAGUAAUUAUGAAGUGUGUGACACAUAUCCUGCACUCCUGGUCAUCCCAACUAGUAUCAAAGAUGACGAGCUUAAAAGAGUGGCGGCUUUCAGGGCCAAGCAUCGCAUACCGGUCCUCUCUUGGAUCCAUCCUGAGAGUCAGGCCACGAUUGUGCGCUGCAGUCAGCCGCUGGUGGGCCCCUCAGACCGCCGCUGCAAAGAGGACGAGCGCUACCUGCAGACCAUCAUGGACGCCAACGCACAGUCACACAAGCUGAGCAUAUUUGACGCAAGGCAGAACAGUGUCGCUGACACUAAUAAGGCUAAAGAUGGUGGCUAUGAGAGCGAAAGUUUCUAUCCCAAUGCGGAGCUGAAUUUCCUGGAUAUUCCCAACAUCCAUGUGAUGCGGGAGUCUCUGCGCAAGCUGAAGGAGGUGGUCUACCCCACCAUAAACGAACCUCACUGGCACUCUGCUGUAGAUGCCACGCACUGGCUGGAGUAUAUCAGGCUGUUAUUAGCAGGUGCAGUGCGUAUAGCGGAUAAGGUUGAAUGCAGUAAGAGCUCGGUGGUGGUGCACUGCAGUGACGGCUGGGACCGUACGGCUCAGCUCACCUCUCUGGCCAUGCUGAUGCUGGACUCGUACUACCGCACGCUCAGGGGCUUCCAGGUGCUGAUCGAGAAGGAGUGGAUCAGCUUCGGACACAAGUUCGCCUCGCGUGUUGGCCAUGGAGAUGAGAAUCACGCCAACUCUGAAAGAUCCCCUCUCUUUGUGCAGUUCAUCGACUGUGUGUGGCAGAUGAUGAGACAGUUUCCUUCUGCCUUCGAGUUCAAUGAGCUUUUCCUCAUUACCAUCCUGGACCACCUCUACAGCUGCCUGUUUGGUACAUUCCUCUACAACAGUGAACAGGAGAGAGUGGAAAAGGAAGUACAGACUAAAACGAUAUCAUUGUGGUCCUACGUUAACAGUCAGCCGGAGGACUUUACUAACCCGUUCUAUGUGGACUAUAAAAACCAGGUGCUGUAUCCACUGGCCAGUCUCAGACAUCUGGAGCUCUGGGUGGGUUACUAUGUGCGCUGGAACCCACGCAUGAGACCACAGAUGCCGGUCCAUCAGAAUUUGAAGGAGUUAUUAUUUUUGCGUGCUGAGCUACAGAAGAAAGUGGAGGAGCUCCAGAGAGAGGCCACGUCAUCACGCUCCAUCUCAUCUUCAGAACAUGCUUCUUCCUCCUCUCAUGGUGGUACACCACUUCACACUGCUGUCUAAACACACACACACUCGCACAACACAUAUUUAAGAGCACAUACUGUGUUUGCUCAGUGAAUACAUUCUCAGGCACAAGUAGGGAGUGGAUGAGAAUGAAGUGGGCAGACACUCACACACACACACACACACACACACAUUCCUGUUUGUGUUUUUUUAACUAUAGAGAAGUAACCUAGUGUCGCAUUUUAUAAAUCCAUUUUUUAUAAACUGUGAAAAAUCUAUCUUGUAAUGAUAGUCAGCAUGUCCGCAGCAUGAAUUCAUAGUAUUCACUAUCUAGUGUUUGACCUGUAAAUAUGAAAAAAAAAAAUGUAUUAAUAUAUUUGUACUGCAUUUUAAUCUUUCCCUGUGGCUUCAUUUGCUCCUCUGUGCCAACUCCUGUUCAUGUUUUAACUUCUGAAUGCAGCUUUUAGCUACGUGAAGUUCUUUUAAAUUUUUUAAAUUAAUAAUUCUUCUAUUUUUGUAUUUUAUUAGUUACUUUCCAUUUCAUGUCCACUUUGUCAUCACACUGAAACUUGACAGUUAUUUCAGUAUCAUUUUCUCAUAGAUCUGUCUUUCAUGUUGCUAAUAUAGAGAAGCACUGAAUAAAUAGUAAAAUGUGUUUUAGUAUGAAGGUGUUAAAAUGUUGAGUUGUACGCCUCAGUACAGAGCCAUUCCUGCCUCAUGGACUUGUCACUGGUAUUGUUUGAAUAAAUUUAACUGGUAAUGAAAAGUGUUGUCAAUGAUAGGGAAGCAAAACAGAGACUUAAAGAUUUGAAUUUUACAAGCCAUUGAAUCUGAUAAUUAAAUUUAUACACUAAUGAAUUCAUAUCAUCAUAGCAUGUUUUUUUUUUUAAUCACACAUCUGUAUUUAUUUGUUUUGAAUUAACUUCAUUGAAAUUCAAAGACGUCUUUUUCAAAGUUCACAUAUUCACGUUGCUCGUUCCAGUGCUCAGAUUCAACCAGCAAAAUUCACUUUGAAAAUAAAUACAGGUCGAGUAUCAGGGCUGCCCAGGAACAGGCAAAUGUAGACGAGUCUGGAAUGAGAGACCAUGUUCAAAAGACCAUCUGAAUAUAGGUGCUUGAUUUUUUUGAAAGCAUGAAUUUGAAUAUGUGAACACAGGGGGAAAAAAACUCCUUAGACUUUCAAGGAGGUUAAUAAAAAAAUUAAACAUAAAGAUCUGUACAUGUCAAGGUAUUAUUUUUCAAUGCUAUGAAUCCAUUGGUGUUUGAAUUGGAUGAUUUACAUACUGAAUGAUUGUCUCGGUGGUGCUUCCAUACAUACUGCUCUGUAAAGGGUAGUGAAAGUCCACUGGUGUUUCAUACAUGAACCAUUCGAUGUAAUGAAGGGUGAACUGUGAAUCAUCAGUGCAGAGCUGGAACUGGAGGCGUGUUACACUUCUCAUAGCAGCUACCAGAUUUUAGUUACGUCCCUUACUUACAAGAUGCCCCAGUAGAACGUCUUUUAUCUUUCAGUGCAAACAGGAAAAAGGGUGCCAGUGGAAUAUAAUCAGUGAAUUAAGGAUCACAAUGCAACUCAAGGUGCUGUAGAGGGACACACACACACACAACCUUUGCACUUUGUGUCUGUAUUUUUAUGCUUAUACUAUACACUCACCAGUCAUUUUAAUAGUAAUGCCUGUAUACCUGUUUAUUCAUGCGAAUAUCCAAUCAGCCCAUCAUGUAACAGCAACACAAUGCAUGAGGUUCACCGAAACUGGACAGUUGAAGAUUGUUGAAACUGCUCUUUUUCCUGUCCUCAAUCAUCCAGUUUCAGUAAGGCUGUGUAGCCCCAAAUUCCUGAUUCCAGGUUCUUGGGUAACAGGAGUGGAAUCCAAUGUUUUCUACUGUUCUCAAUGUUUGGCAUGCUGUGCAUUCUGAGAUGCUUUUCUGCUCACCAUGUUUGUAAAGAGAGCUGAUUUGAGGUUACCAUGGCCUUUCUAUUAACUCAAACCAGUCCGGCUAUUCUCCUCUAAUCUCUCUCAACAACACGGUGUUUCCACCCCCAGAACUGCCGCUUACUGUGGAAAUCCCAGGAGAUCAGCAGUUUCUGAAAUACUCAAACCAGCCCAUCUGGCAUCAACAACCAUGUCACAGUCAAAGUCACUGGAUUACAUUUUUCUCCAUUCUGAUGUUUGAUGUGAACAUUACCUGAAGCUCUUGAUCUGGUCCUGCUUGAUUUUAUGCACUGUAGAUAAUUGCAUGAAUGAGCAGAUGUACAAGUGUUUAUAUUCAAGUGAUCAGUGAGCACAUCUCCUAUCCAACAUUGAGGUUUUUUGGGACAAUACUUAACAAUGUACCUGACUUUGUUCUAAGCUUCUGACAUUCCAGUGAAAAAAAAAUAAAACAAUCCAAGUCAAAUUCAUUUUCAGUAUUUUUUAUUAUGUUUUUUCUUCAUGUUAAUCUCUUUCUAUCAGGUAUUGCCAGUGAGAAUUGAGACUUAAAACAGAUCUUUAAUGCCAAAUACAAGUAGAAAAUUGAAGCAGAAGAUUGUCAGUAGAUCUUAAAUAACCUCUUGCUUUCACAUGAUGGAGUCUAUGUCUCAGCAAUGAGUCUGGACUGGAGUGAACAGGCACUGGUGAGACAAUGCAAAGUCCUACACUAUAACAUUUCAAUUUGAUCUGUGGUGUUGGUGGUAAAUAUGUCACUUCACUGGCAGUGCAAAUCCAAAACACUUCAGAAAACUCUUUCCCUACAGAACCCGUCCAUACGUCAAUGCAGUAAGCAAGAAAAACUGUCUACAGCUAAAGAAUCUAAGCAUGCAUCUGUUUUCACCCUUAUAGAAAAUGUUUUGCAGUUCCUAUCCAAAAGACACCAAGAGCCCAGAAUUCCUUAGAAACCAAAUGCAACCUCCAACUCAUGGCCUUUUCAAUAACUUGAUUCACAGACGUAGCCACACUGAUCACAGUACAUCCUUAAAAUCCACCAUGCCGGGGAAAUUUAACAGUCAAUUACAAAGAACGCACUGCUUUUAAAUAGUUGAAAAUGUACGUUUUUCAAGGCCUUUGUGAAUUUGAAAUUUCGCUACAAACCAAGUCUGAACAGUCACCACAAUCUGAGGCAAAAACGCACAAAGGAACAAGAUCACAUCGUCAUUGCCUUGUCUUUGGUGUUUUACAUUUUUGCCAAAAGUAACACCAGAGAUGCUACGUUAAAGUGUUCAAGAAAAUUGCAGCAGAGUAAAAAAAAUUACAUUCUGUUAGAUUAUAAACAUCGACUGGAACUCUCAAUAGGACGUGACAUUGUUGAUGUGUUGCGUACAAGCGGACAUUCAACCAUAUUUAGAUGAUGCGUUGUGCAUGUUCUGUCUGUGUUCUUCUGUAAUACACUGAACUGUCCUACCAAGAGUUCGACCACAUACACAUUCAGCUGAAGCUGAUACAGUCAGCAUACUGAACUCUCCUUUGCGAUAGUGCGGCCGCUUAACAGGAUAAGGCCUAAGAAGUGAAGCACCAGCAGCUAGUGGCUAAAAAGAUAGAGAAGGUGCAGCAGAAUUGAGCUCGGCAGGGAGGUGACAGGUGACGGGAAAAACUGGGGAACCUCGGAAAGGAAAACAGGGCUGUGUUCCAAAUCUUUUACUGCCUCCUCUUCAAACUCCAAAAACCUCUGGGCCCUACAAGUAAAUCCAAAGCUGAGGAAAACAACCGUUCAUACAGCGCAACCAAGCCUUGUCAAACACAAUGUUUGAGUGAAGGGAGGAAGUUACCAAACACAGACCAAUUGGAACACAGCCAACCCAGCAAAACUGUAAAAGGGACAAUAGAAUGUAAGUGGAUCAAAGACAAAAAUCUAAUCCCAUACACUUAAUAUGACUAUUAAUAUGACUGCUAACAAAAUCUAUUGUACUGUAGCUACACUGCUACAAGUGUAUAUAAAGAUACACCAAUACAACCAUUUGAGUACAAACAUGAAUAACACACAAAGCACAUUUUACAAGCACAAUAUCUUUAAAAAAUUCCAAAACGGCAAAUUCCCUAAUAAGGAAAAAAAACAUAACAUGUUUGUGCUAACAUGUAAGACUUUAGUUUCUACAUAUUCCAAACAAGUAUACUUGGAUGUCUUCAUUACAGUAAGCUCGCCUCUGAAAAAUCUGCUACCAUUUUUGUACCAGUAAACACACACACACACACACACACACACAC